UUGAGUUUUUAAUUUUAUAAACAUUAAACGUUUACUGAUUUCCUAAAUUAAUAUACGUUAAUUGUAUUUUUAAGUUAUUGUUAAUGUGCAUUGUAUUGAGUUAAUUUACGCUAUUGUAUACUUAUGUGCAAUGAUGGUUGAAAAUCCAAUUACAUCAACACCUGCUAGUUUGUCAAGAUUAAGUGUUGGCGGUAGUGGAAAUAGUUCAAUACGAAGAAGGAGUUUAAUUCCACAAACUCGCAUAACAAAAUUAAAAGAUGAGGAGCGAAAUGAUGACGAAGCCGAGAGGUCUUCCCUGGUGGCUUCAGAACGAGCGGUGGCUACUACAACACCUCUUGCUUCCCCGCGUAGAGGCAGAGACACGAUGUCAUCUUCUCCACAGAAAGAGCAUUUCCAGGGAUGCUUAAAACUUUAUGCGGAAAAUAAAAUAAAUAAGGACAAUGCAUGGAAUCUACAACUCAUUGACUUUAUGACUUCUAUGUUACGGCGGCAUGAUACCCGAAUGGACAAUCUCCAAACUGCAUCUACAGUGGUAGAUGCAUCAGCUAGGAUUUAUUCAUUUAGGGUAGAUGCUGUGCACUAUGAUGUUCUUAAGAUGGCUGGUGGAUUGAGCAAGGCCGCUCAGACUAAAAGGGGUAAAAAAGAUGAUGAUAUUGGUACCCAAGAUGAAAAUCCAGCAGAUGGAGAAACGGCUGCACCUAAAAAGAAAAAGAAAAGAUCUAAAGGUGCAAUAGCUUCUAAUCCUGAAGUGUUUAAUGGAGACUUUGAGGCCAAUGACUGUGUAGAUCCUUUCUUCGAGCGGCUUGCAGCUACAACAGGUGAUGUUACAUCAUCAAACAGAGCCUUUAAUGCAACACUGCCUAUUCAUGACAAAACAUUAGCAUUAAUUUUAAGGACAGAUGAUCGUUUCUUAGAGCCAAUAAAAGAGAAUAUACCAGCAGGCAUAGACUUGAAAGAGCGAACAACAAUAGCAUUGAAGCUGCUCCCAGCUUUUCAAGAAAAUGAUCAGCUCUGUGAGCCCUUUUCUAGUUUCUCUAUUAACAAUUGGGAUCCAGAAACCGAAGAUACGGACAAUCGUGUUACAAAUUGGGUAGAAGACAACAGAUUGAAUCUGUCUCAACAAGCUCUCGCUUUUGAUGUAAAUGCAGAAGUGGAGCCUAUCCCACUGGAUGAAAUUCAUAAUGACUUACAUGAUGACGAGCCCCUGGGCGGCAUCGAGAGCGAGGAAGAGGCGGACGUGGCCGUGGCGGCCUUCGUGGCGCGCAUCGCCCCCGCGCCGCUCGCGCGCCUCGCCGACAUGCGGCCCAGCGCGCCGCACCACUCGCGCCUCGAGUACUCCUACAGCACCGCCAUCGUCGCCGCCUGGGCCGGGCCCUCGCACUGGCGUCUCAAGAACAACAGAGCGUCAAAAAUGUCUGAACGAACGCAAUCAACGGCAGGUAGACUGACUGUCGAAGGCAAGAAGCCAGCGCGAACGAAGCGGCAAUUAGAUUUUAUGGGGUGUGGACUUGCGUUUGAUGCGCGUACAACGAAUGUUCCCGACUAUGAGCCAACUCAACCUACAAAAAUCAUGAUCAGCCGAAAGACCCUAGCUACUGGACAUACUUGGAAUGAAGCUAAUUUUAAAACACCAAUUGAUAGAGGACUAGACGAGUCACAUUUUCGUAAACUGUUUCUACGACGCAAUGUAUUGAUGAUGCGCGAUAAAGAUGCAGAGUUGAGCAAACGUAAUACUGAACCCGUCACUGUAGAAGAAACUAAAGAUUACGAUUACAACAAUGAGAACGAUGCGUCCUAUUGUCCUAACCAUGUGCCGGAUGGCGAGGAAUGGGGUAACGAAGAUGCUACAGCAGCUGGAGAAUUACAUGAUCAAGUUAAAGCUAUGGAAUCGGAGGAGAUUGGGGAUAUGUUAGAACCACCAACUAAGGUUGCGAAGAUCUUCAUACCUUAUGCUAUGCGUGCGAAAAAAGUUGACAUGAAGCAAUUAAAGCAUUGCACUUGGAAAAUGCUAACAGAAGAAACACCUGAAGGAGAAAAAGAAGAUGUUUCAAAGACUACAUUUUGUUCCAUAUAUUCACGGCUACCAAAUAAGUUAUCAACUAACAUGAGAGAAUCAUUAAGUGUUCCACUCGCUUUAUUAUCAGUUCUACAUUUGGCAAAUGAAAAAGGUCUUAUAUUAGAAAAGAGAGAUGAUUUAAAAGAUAUAGGUAUUUUAGGUCUUAUUAAAAACUAACUGAGACCUAUUUUUUGUAUUUAAUUGAGAAAUAUUUUCUCAUGUAACUAAAGAUCGACUCAUUUUUGCUAAAUAAUUGUAAACUAAUGACUUUGUUAUGCUGUUGCCAUAUUAAUUUAGGGUUUCCAUCAAUUACCAGUGCUGGACAUUUAUUCUGUAAAUAUAGUUUGGUAUGGUCUUGCCCUUUUUUUAUUGAACAAUGAAGUUUCUGUUCUAAUAUUGUACAAAUCUUUUUAUGUGUUUAUUUUGUAUUCUUUAUUAU